AUGCGCUUUAUAUUAGCAUUGUUAGCACUAAUUUGUUUCGCCAACUGCGCCGAUGUUGCCUUACGUUCUGUAAGUGUGAAAGGUACACUACUAUGCGGAAAAGAACCUUAUGGAAAUGCUCAUGUACGACUCUAUCGCGUUUCAUCAAAAGAUGAUCACGAAAUUUUGGAGCAAAAACAAACGCUUUCGAAUGGUGAAUUUCGGCUCGAAGGAAGUACUCAAGGGAGACCUGCAAAUGAAACAACAAUGACACCAGUUGUGCGAAUAUAUCAUAAAUGUGAUGAGGAGCCAGAUAAAGAUACCUAUCGUCGUUUCCAACUACAAAUUCCUUCCAUAUAUGUAACAAGAAGUCGUGUGUCAAGAAAUGAAUACGAUAUAGGAAAGAUCAAUCUACAAUUGAUAUAUCCACGCGAAGAAUCUGGCAUUAGACUGGGAAGCUAA